AGAUCCGGUACAGAACAUGUUCCUCCUCCUGCUAAUAAUUUUGAGCCUCGGAAUGCUGCUUCAUCAGACAGCAGCUUUAUUCACAGUGACGGUCCCGAAGGACAUGUACACGGUAGACUACGGCGGCAAUGUGACCUUGGAGUGUGAUUUUGACACCGGAGGUCAUGUGGAACUCAGAGAUUUAAAAGCCAGUUUGCAAAAGGUGGAAAAUGAUACAACCUUGCUCAGUGAAAGAGCCACUUUGCUGGAGGAGCAGCUGCCCCUGGGGAAGGCCUUGUUCCACAUCCCCCAAGUCCAAGUGAGGGAUGCAGGGCAGUACCGCUGCCUGAUCAUCUAUGGGAUCGCCUGGGACUACAAGUACCUGACUCUGAAAGUCAAAGCUUCCUACAAGAAAAUAAACACUCGCAACCUUAAGGUCCCAGGGACAGAUGAGGUAGAGCUCACCUGCCAGGCUGUAGGCUAUCCCCUGGCAGAAGUGUCCUGGCCAAAUAUCAGUGUUCCUACCAACACCAGCCACACCAAGACCUCUGAAGGCCUCUACCAGGUCACUAGUGUUCUGCGCCUAAAGCCACACCCUGGCAGGAAUUUCAGCUGUGUGUUCUGGAAUGCCAAUAUGAAGGAACUCACUUCGGCCAUCAUUGACCAAGGUGAUAUGGAAUCCCCCGAGAUCCCUCCAUCUUCACUGCUUCAUCUUUUCAUCCUCUCCUUCAUCAUUGCUUUAAUGUUCAUAGCCACAAUGAUAGUCCUAAGAAAACGGCUCUGCCAAACGUUUUAUUCUGGAAAAGACACAACAAAAAGAUCUGUCACCACGGUAAGGAGAGAAGUGGACAAAGCUAUUUGAAUCUGUGGCCUGAUGAGCUGGAGUGACCUGAUGGGACAUCCUCAAGAAACUUCUAGACUCUGAACAAGAAUCCCUUGGCCUGCAGAGCUUGUUGUGUGCACUUUUCAAAUGCCUUUGUGUGAGCCAGCACUUUAAUCUGGAGACUGCAGCAAGACUAGGCAGCACCUGCCAAGGUGUACUUACGGAAGUCAGGCAGCCACCUCUCCACUGAUCCGGGCUCUCACUCCUGCAGCCCGUGGCUCCAAGCACACACUACUGCAGUUUAGAAAAAGACCAC